AUUCAACUUCAUGAUGGAGUACGAAGCAGAAUCGCCGCCGCUAUCGCCGACGCCGCAGUCUCCAGUGCGAGAAAGGAGAGGAAAUGAUGGUCCGAUGGGAUCUAUUCUCAUGAGCUGCUCCAUUGACAAUGUCAAGCACUUGUACACGAUGUUGCUUUGCUUGAGUCUUGGGCGGAAGAAAGAUCAGCUCGUGCGCUGUGACAUCGAUGCAUCUGGAAUGUAUUUCACAGCACACUCCAAAGGAAAGUCUCUGCAGGUCAAGACGAGCUUGGCCAGCGACCUCUUCGACUCGUUCGCGUACCAUGUCGACGAGACAUUGGGGUUCCGCAUCUCUCUACCCCAUCUCCUCGAAGGGUUAAGCGUGUUUGGUAUGUCGUCCUUGGCGUCGACAUCUGUCACAUGGAGCUUCGACGAGGACUCGGCCUGCUUUCAAAUGGUCCUCACCGACAACGGAAUCCUCGCAGAGUGUGCGAUCCAGGUCCUCGUGGAAGACGACCUCCACGACUUCACCCAGGGGGACUUUGAGCGAUCGUUUGAGGGUUCUGCGGUCGUCGGCCGCGUUAUCAUCCAGUCGAACGCGCUACAAGAAGUAGCACAAGAGUUCGCCGACCUGCCACCCGCCGCUCCCGUCACCGUUCGCAUGCACCCGAACGACGCAUUCCAGCUGCAAGCGUCAUCCUCGGAAGGGAACUCGUGCGAGAUCGACGUAGCCAAGACAUCGCCCGCGCUCAUCGAGUACGCCACUGACGCCGACAUCGCGUCCACGUUCCAGUGGAGCUUGCUGCACGAUGCCUUCCACGGCCUCGGUAUUGCCGCGGAAACAUUCAUCCGGCUCAAUGCCCACGGAUACUGCUCCAUCCAACACAUGGUUCAUCUUGGAUCGAAACGGGCAUUCGUCGAUGCGCUCUUGUGCCCGGAUGCCAUGUAACUGUUAACCACCAACUAACCAUUCAAACUGUUUUGCCCAUAUACAUAACGAUUAACUAACCAUUCAAACUGUUUUGUCCA